AUGGCCGGAACACUUGUUCAGAAGGCAGCGCAUCCGAUCCAUGCAUCAUCGCUUGACACCAAACUCGAUAUUUCUACUCGACCUCGCAGCUCCAAUCUUGAAGCUGUCUUUUCCCCGGUAAACAACGAUGGAUGUUUCGAUUUUGACCGCGUGUUGAAGAGUGGUUAUGUUCAGAAGCGCACACAAAAGACAAAGAAAUGGAAGAGUGUCUACCUUGUGCUGCGACCUAAUACCCUUUCUCUAUACAAGAACGAAACUGAAGAUAAGCUUCGACACCAGCUUUAUCUGUCCGAGCUCACAGCUGUCGCCGAACUUAAAGAUCCCAAGCACAAGCGCGAAAACGUUUUCGGCCUCUUUUCUCCAUCUCGCAACUAUCAUUUCCAAGCGAAUUCUGCCCAGGACGCCCAAGAAUGGAUGUCCUUAAUACGAAAGGACACGCGCAUCGACGAAGAGGAGGAUGAGAUGUUUUUGGCCAAUCCUCAUUCUGCGCAACAGUCCAGCAACGGCAUGAAAUCAGUCCCCAUCGAUAGCAACCAGCGUAACGAGCACGAACGUUUCCUUUCAAGCUCGCCGGAACCUAUGGCAUCAUCUGCCCCAAGAUACGUCACUUCGGCAGGCGGUAGAAGAAGAUCGUCGAUACUUGAGUCGUCGGGAAUGUCGGGUGCCGAACUCGCGUCACAUUCCGAUCUUUCCGACAGCGAAGCUUUCCGUCCUCACGAUUCUUCCUUUGACAGUCUUACUGCCAAGUCACCCGGUAACAUUCCUACCGCCGCGCGACCAGGCCAGGGAAUCCGCUCGACAAGCCAAAUAAGUGUAUCCAAUGUUGAACAGGACCCUGAUCGUGUAAUUUGGCAAGGUCGGCUCUACCUUUUGCGUCAUCGCAGAGGUAUGCGCCAAUGGAAGGACAUGUGGGCCGUUCUUCGACCACGCAACCUUAUUCUCUACAAGGACGAGUCUGAAUAUACAGCCAGAUGGAUACUGCCAAUGUCUGCCGUUGUCAAUGUCGUCGACCUUGAUCCUCUCAGCAAGAGCAAGAAGCAUUGCCUUCAGGUUAUUACCGAGGAGAAGAGCUAUCGCUUCUGCGCACACGACGAAGAAGCUCUUGUUCGCUGUAUUGGUGCCUUCAAGAGCUUGCUCGCCAAACGUCGCGAACUUGAGGCUCGCGCUGCCGCCACCACAUCCACAUGA